GAUUCAGGCUUGAAGUUUAAGCUAGCUUCCCCAGAAAUCAUUGAAGCUCAUCAAUACAUCAUCAAGCUCUCAUACACUUAUUCAUUUUCACCAAUAACGUUGCCACCAAUCUUUUUUUCCCUUAAGCAAUCUGAAAUACUCGAAAGAUGGGAGCUUCGCAAUCAAAAAGUCUAGCAAAAGCUUCUAAAGCAGCCUCUUUGUCGGCUUCAAACACUGCACGCAAAUACCCAACUCGAACCCCGCCGCCUUCAUCUCCCCGCACAAAUGCAGAACCAAUUCAACCAACUCCUUCCGCAAAAUUGGGGCCGGCUGUUCAUCCAGAGGCAAGCUCCUCAUCUGAAAAGAACCAAUCAAUAAGUUUCGAUGCAUCCGAUCCAGAUAUUGGUCUUAAUUCUCGUCUUCGUGAACUCGGUCCUGUUACACCUUCGCCCACUCUCUCCAAUUCAUCUACAUUCAACCGAACCUCAGCACAAGAUCCUGUCACAUCCGGCAGCAAUUUUAUCCCCUCUGCUUCCACACCUUCGCAAUCGAUAUUUCCGACCGCAAGUAAUCCUGCGGUUUCCCUUCUGACAGCGAGAUAUAGAAUAGCAGAAGAAGCAGAGAGGGACUUCGAGAAAAUCGGCAGGAAGGGAUUUCAGGGAAGGAAAUACCUGGACGUUGCGACUAUUCGAACAGUACUGGCUUACAGGUCUGAGGGCAUGCCCGAUUCCGAAAUUGAGAAGAGAUUAGAACUUAGGAGUGGUAUUGUAAAAAGUUUGGGGGGAAAUGUGGUGAGUGUGGCAGGUAUAUAACCCGAGGGAAUGAGGAAAUCGAAUCCUCAUAUCCAACUUCGAAAACAAGCCUACAGUGGCGAUAUAAUUCCAGCCACAGCAUAGGUAUUACAACUUGUCUUCGACUGUUCUACUAUAUCCUUCAAACAGAUGCGAAGGUAAUGGCCGGGUUGAGAGUGUACAGUAUAAUGAAUUAUGAAGGGACUGGUGAAAAGGAAUGGGCGACAUUCUAGCAGGUGUAUUGGCCACUGUAGACAGAGAUGUGUAUUAUAUGUCACCAAAGAAGAUUGCUUCUCAAGGGAAGGGAAGGCUUUGUAAAGGAACCGAGAAUCACUACCAGAAGAAAGCUUUGAACUGUGUGCUAUGUGUUUUAAUCUCCUUGGAGAAGCUGUUACUACCAGUACUUGGGCGAAUCAUAAUCAUCACAUAGGAUACGGGCUUGACAUGUCUUCAUAUGGAAUAGACGCUCCAUACGCCUCUUGAGUUUUGUAGCCUCUUGCUCUUUACAAGGCUCAAAGUAACUGUUUGUGAAUCGCAAGUAGUCAAGGGUUACAAUACAAGCAAUACAAUAUCUAGAUUUCACUCCCA